CGCUUAGACAAAUGGCGCCUUUCAAAGUUCUCCCGCCAACGCUUUCAUUGGUUCAUUUCAUAUUCUUGUGGCCCAAUCGUUUGUCUAAUACAACCACACGUGACUCUCCAUUCGACCAAUCAGCGUCCCCGUAGUGCCGACACUCCACUAUAAAUUCUCCCUGUGGCGCCUUGCAAUAUCACUACAGACGAAGCACUCCCUUUAGACGCCAUGGCAAGAACGAAGCAAACCGCUCGCAAGUCCACCGGAGGAAAAGCUCCCAGAAAGCAGCUGGCUACCAAGGCGGCCCGCAAGAGCGCCCCAGCCACCGGCGGAGUAAAGAAACCUCACCGUUACAGGCCCGGUACAGUGGCUCUCCGUGAGAUCCGCCGUUACCAGAAGUCAACGGAGCUGCUUAUCCGCAAGUUGCCCUUCCAGCGUCUUGUCAGGGAGAUUGCCCAGGACUUCAAGACCGACCUGCGCUUCCAGAGCUCAGCCGUCAUGGCUCUGCAGGAGUCGAGCGAGGCUUACUUGGUUGGCUUGUUUGAGGACACCAAUCUGUGCGCCAUCCACGCCAAGCGCGUCACCAUUAUGCCCAAAGACAUCCAACUGGCUCGCCGCAUUCGCGGCGAGAGGGCCUAAGUCUCCCAGUCACCCCAUCACAACAACGGCUCUUUUAAGAGCCACUCACAAUUUCUAAAAUGGCUUCAAUUCCUCUUAUAUCUUUCUUUAUUUCGUUUGUGUAUGGUGUAGAAAACGUUGCACACAUUACGAUUCCCAUUCUUUGAAGAACAAACAAAAUUAUUUUCUUUCACAAAGAAUGGCACCGUAUAAUUCCAUUUUUUUGGCCUCGGUCUUUAUAUUUAUAAGGUAUAAAGAAUAGCAAGUAUAAAGUAUUCCAUAGUUCCCUGAAUACUAAAGAUUUACCUUUUUAUAUUUAACGUUGGGAAUUGUUUGCAUUAAAAUGUCGAUUUGGUGUUGCUGUUCACCUUAUGGCUUUGAUAUUUAAGGUGACAAAUAUUGUAAUGUAAACCAUUUUGUUGACACAUUUAACACUGAAGCUAAAUGUGAUGAAAUGUCAAUUCAGGUUACCUAUUGCAUGUCUGUAAAUAAUUGCUAUAAUUUUGAAGUUGUAGGUAAGUUACUACAAUGUUCAGUACAAAUACUAUAAGGGUUUAAGGUGUAUUAAGUACUUUAAAAAAUUAAGGUGCGAAUACAUUGAUGAGCUGGUCAUUGAAAAUUAAUCAAAUAUGAUAAUGGUACACAAGAUGUUUGGUCAUUUGGAAUAUUGUGUACAUUUUAUUACAUGUAUAAAUACAUGUGAACAUUGGUAAAUACUGGCAUUACGAAUGAAAUAAAUAUACGAUUUUAAAAAUGUCCUUUUAGGACAUUUAUAAAUAUGAAUGUAUGACCUAUUUUGUAUUGAUUAUUCCUAAAUCAUUUUUAAUAAAUGACACGACACUGUCAAUGUU